CUGUUCCAGAUUGUGCUGACUCACAUUCAAGAAAAAACGAUACAUAGCCACAAUGCACUGUAACUUUUUUCCUUUCCCCAAGUAACCUCGAAAGUUUCUGUAGCUCAUGCACUAAAUGGCUGAGACAGUAGCUGUAAUACCAACAGAUGAAGAGGAGAUCCAAAAUAAUAGUGAUGAUGAAGAUCGAUUUCCGAAUCAUGAUACUGUUACGGCGUCCCUUGGUUGCACUGCCAGCCCUUCGUUAGCCAGCCUUAAUGAAGACAGGGGAAGCUCAACGGUGCCAGAAAGACUGUCUAUCCUCUCCAGCAAGGCCAUGGCCCAGGUAAAAGCCCUGACUGGCCCAGAGAUGAUUCGUGGUGGCCAGGCCCAGAGGACAGCCUCUGGGUUGGCUGAGCAUCAUCUGACAGCUGUAGAUGUAUCAUUAGGUGGCUUGCUGUACCCUGUGGUAGUCGGUAACCUGCAGCCUGUGGACAUUGGCUCCCUGUGCUCCAAAAGCUCGAGUUCAGAAGUGCUGCAGGUCCCAGGGGUGCUCUGCGAGGCUGGCGAACCCCCACAGGCUGAGACUGACCAAAAGGACUGCUACACACAGCAGGUGGGGAGUGGCACCAGUGGCAAUACGGCCUCUUGUAGUCUGGGCCAUGUGAUUUGGAUGAAGACCACAACAGUAAUGGAGACCUUAGAAAAUAAGAAACAAGAGGAAAAGGAGAAGUACCGCCUCCAGCUAGCUAUGUACCGACGGCUUCUGUUGUUGCGCUCCAUCAGGAGUUUGCAUAGGCAGCUGGAGCAACAGCAGGCCAGGUUGCAGGAAUGCUAUGGCACGGUAAUAAAUACCAAGAAAGAAGUGUUGAAACACAUUUGCUCAGCCUCGCCCUCACCUUCGCCGUAAUCAUGUUGCUGCAUGCAAAAAUGAGCUUUACAAUGCCACCGGAGCCGCCAGCAAGCUUGCAUGCUACAGGGUUGGUGUCCUCAUACCUGAGGGGACGUGCCCAUGUGCGCUCAGAGUAGAGAGGAAACAGAAACAGCAACAGCAGCAGAGCAAGAAGGGAUGAGAGAAGGUAAAGUGUGGGCCCCUGAAUUUAUCUGGAGGAAACCAGAGCAAGAUUGAACUUUUGCGAGAAGUUGACUCCUGAUGCACACUCAAAGCCUCAAGCUGAAAGAGAAUUUUUUUGGCAUAUAGGUUUGUAAAAAGAAAAAAUCAUCACAAAACUGGGAACCUAGUCUGACACCUGAUCCGUAAAGGUGGUCAGAUGCAGGGUUGCUGCGUGCUGAAUAUGUGGUAUGAUGCAUCUCCCUUCUACUUUCAGUGUUAACAAAAUUUGAACAGAAUGAGGGUUUGUUUUCCUGCAAGAAUACAUGAAUCUAGAAAGCCAGGAUAUUUGGCUUUCUAGAUUCAGGUAUCCUUGCAGGAAAAUCAGACUUGAUCUAUCUACCUAGCUGCCUGUUUUUCACAAAACUGCUAAGGCCAUUGUACAUUUGCAACCUCUACGUUCCUUUAAAACUUAUUCAAACUGACCAGAAAUUAUUGUGGGAGGGUAGGACAGUCACACACACAGGGAAACAGUACAACUGCCUAAGCCAGAUUUCCUCAAGAGAGCAAGGUAAAAACAAAGACCUUGUAAUCUGACGUGGCAUUGGAAACCCAGGCUGGCAGCACCAGGGGAAUGUUUGAGGUCUGCACAAUUAUUAAUCUACUGCUAACUCCCAGUAGCACUAGCAUCUGCAAAUCAAGCAUAUUUUGUGCCUUACUGCUGUCAUUUAAUGGAAGUUGGUGACAAUUAGCACUUUCUAUCCAGGUGUAUUAGACAUGUGGAAAACCCUGGAGCACUGUUUCUCCAAUUGCAAAGUUAGGAUGCCUGCAGGGAAUUUGAUGUCAGUAUGCAACAAACACACAGGGAAAAUGAAAGCAAAAAUAUGCAACUUUUUUUAUGCAUUUAAAAGGCAAUAUGAGUCCCUAUUAUUGAACAGCAAAUUGAAUAGUUUUAAGAUCUGAAGCAAAAUAUAAUUCAAGAAGAAAAGGUACGAAAAAAUUUAUUUUUCUAGGAUUUAAAGUGGUAUAGAAAAAUCUCAUUCUUCAGAUGUUUAUUUCUGAUCAUGCCACCUUUUCUUUUGCGGGUGUUUUUCUCUUUUAAAUAACUGUUUAAACAAUCAAAGAGUUUUUUGGUGGUUUUUGGGGUUUUUUUCUGCAUUAA